AUGGCCGAGAGGCCAACAUUGGGAAAGCGGCCUAGUUCAAACGGCAAGGAGGUGUCUCCACCUCCAUCAAAGCGACGGCAUCAAUCCACAACGACGAAUAAAGUUAUUGCGAACUUCUUCACACCCUUAUCCAAGCAGGAGCCCGAGAAAAUGUUGUGGAGAGUGCUCAAGGACAGCCUACUUAUUGGGCGGUAUGGUGCCAUGACAGCAACAUCUGCAGCUUCAGCAAGCAAACGAAGAAUCGCUGGCUUUGAUCUGGACUCAACAUUAAUUACUUCUGCUUCCGGUAAGACCUUUGGGCGUGACGCCAGCGAUUGGAAGUGGUGGCAUGGCAGUGUUCCCGCACGUUUGAAAGAGUUACACCAAGAUGGCUACCUUCUAGCUAUAAUCAGCAACCAGGGUGGCAUAAGCCUGAGACCAGACCCAAAAACCGUCAAAUCUGAUCAAAAGCGUCUAGCCGAAUUCAAGGCAAAGGUCUCUGCAGUGUUCAAGCAGCUCGAUCUACCAAUCACAUUGUACGCUGCAACCAGCCGAGACCAAUAUCGCAAGCCUAGAACCGGGAUAUGGCAAGAGAUCGUCGAAGAAUUCGAUCUUGACAGCGCAGACUCUCUUGACCUGGAGCACUCGGUCUUUGUCGGAGACGCGGGCGGUCGUGAAGCUGUGGCUGGAGGGGUUAGCAAGGACCACUCAUGUGUUGACAGAGAUUUUGCAGCCAAUGUCGGCUUAUCAUUUUAUACCCCGGAAGAGUUUUUCCUGCAUGAGGACCGACGGCCUUUCGUGAGAAGCUUCGAUCCCGUGGAAUAUCUCAAGGAGCGAGCCGAGAAACCGACGAGUGCAUUGAUAUUCAGCAAGACAGAGAGUCCUGAAGUCGUUCUGUUUUGCGGCAGUCCAGGGGCUGGCAAGUCGUCGUUCUAUUGGAAGCAUCUGCAGCCGCUCAACUACGGACGAGUGAACCAAGACAUACUCAAGACUCGCGAGAAGUGUGUCAGAGCAGCUACUACGCUCCUUGAACAAGGUACCAGUGUAGUUGUCGACAAUACGAAUGCGGAUCCAGAGACCAGAGCAAUCUGGAUAAACCUAGCGCGGAAGUUGAAGAUUCCUAUUCGUUGUGUUCUUUUCACUGCACCUGUCCAAGUGUGCCAGCACAAUGACGCAUUCCGCGCAUCGAAUAUUGGUCAAGAAACAAAUCCAGAGAAGCGCAAGAUGCUGCCGCAAGCUGCAUUUUCUGGCUUCGCGUCAAGGUAUCGCGAGCCUACGAGGUCGGAAGGCUUUGCAGAUAUCAUCACGACUGCAUUUGAGGCACGUAUUAUGCAAUUGUGGCUGGCUACGAGAUGCAGCCUCUGGAGUAGGUUUUUGGUGAUACAUGCUGACCGAAACGUAGUUCCACGGCUCAGACGAGCAGAAGAAACUAUGGAGCCAAUAUUGGAUAUGAUUCAUCAUUGGGCAAAAGGCCGCGUCGGACGGGACACUGGACACUGGACAGUCGCUGUGCAAAAGCAUUAUCGAUUACGACGCUUAUCCACAAUGAACCAGAUAUGGGUCGAGGUCAGACGGUCCGAGAGGCUUUGA